AUGGGAAUAACACCUUGUCAAACAGACUUUUUAAACAUUUUUAUCAUUCAUUCUCUUAAGAAUAAAAUCCAUAUUGUGUUGCCUCAGGGAAUAGAGUCAGAUGUCCUUAGAAUUUAUGGGUACUGUGCCUCAAGCUGCCAUUCACGCAGACAGUUUUUUGAAAUGCAUGAAAAACAACUGCGACACGCCUUACAUGCCUACAUAAUAGACUACUGCCAGAAGUCACAAGAAACAGGAAUAUUUCUGUAUGGUCAUUUGAAACUAAACUUGGGAGACAUGCAGAAAGAGAUACAUCAAACCUUGUCCUUGCUUCAGAAUCUGUGGCCAGAAGGAGCUGAUAUUAGAAGUGUUGUCUGCUCCGUUUCAUGCUCUGUGGCACUAAUACUCUAUAAAAAAAUGUUACAUGAGGCACAAGACUGUGAAAACCAAAACACAUGCACAGAAAAUCAUAACACACAGGACUUGAAGAAACCACCAACAUUAAAUGAAGCAGCAGAUCUUUGCAGAAUGCUCUGCCUUAGUGCGAUUUUCCUUCAACAUUUACCUCUGUUUCAAAGAGCUAAGAGUAGAAUCAUUACUCAUAUUUGGGACAGAACACUUGCACCAUUUCUACUAAUGCUAAAGAGAUGUGAAUUUUUCAUCCUAAAACAAUUAAAGUCUGGAAAUAAUUGGAAUGUGAAUUUCGCUGGCCUGCCUGACUUAACUGAUAAUACUUUGUGGAAAAAUAUUGCCUAUUAUUAUGAAAUUGAAUAUAGUAGAGCGAUAGAAAAAUAUAGCAAUACCAGUAACUAA